AGACCCUUGAGAAAGGUCGAAACCGGUCGUGGUAUCUUCUUUUGAUUCUUUCAGAAAUGAAUUCUGUCUGAGUCUCUAGUAACUACAAAGCGGUUGUAAAAAUUAACUAAAUAUAAUUAUUCAAGUCGAGUUUCAUAUUUAUAUACUGACUGUUUUAUUUACUCAGAAUUACCAGUGAAGGACAGAGUAGUCAUUUGCGUCUAGAUUUGUGGACUGAUCAAGGUAAAUAGAUGGUAAUCAUCAAAUAUCUUUUAAAUCUAUUGUUUAAUAUUAUUCAGAAAAUGAUAAUACAUCAAUAUAUGAUACAACAACAUGUUCGGAACCGAUUCAUUUUCAUAAAAAAGUUGAAACAAAGCCAACAAAACUCAUGGUUUCAUUUAAAACGCCAGUAGCACCCUAUGCAUCUGUUGAUCUCAUUCAUCAUACAUCGCAGCAAUCAUUUGAUAAUGGAACUUUGAGAAAUAAUAAAUUACCAGAAAUUACUCAAGAUUCUCUAAUGGUAAUUCGAAAUAUUGGUUUGAACAAUCAUAAUGAGUGUUUCUACAGUGAACUAUCUUCAAAUGAUAAAUUGAAAAUAUCAGUGAUCCUAUAUGAACCACAAAAGAAGAAAGAGUCAUCAUCAAAAAGUGCUCAUUUACGAUUUUAUACGUUAACAACAUUGAAAAAGUUAAAACAUGUAAAUUUAGUUCGUUGUCUUGGUUAUGUUCGAACAUCACCUGAACGAUAUUUAUUAGUGACAGAGCAUCAUUUACAUAAUUUAUAUGAUCAUAUAAAAACAUUAUCAAAUGAUGAAUCCAUUUAUUCAGAAUUAUUAAUGUAUGUCGAACAAAUCGUAUCAGCUUUAUCCUAUUUAGAAUUAUCCAAUAUUAUUCAUCAUGAUUUAACACUACCCAAUUGUUUAUUAUACGUCGAUAAUCAUCAAUCAACAAUAAAAAUAUCUGAUUAUGCUAGUCUCGAUGAUAAAUAUGAUAUCAGAUAUCACACUGUUGGCGAACAAAAAUUAGCAAUUCGUUAUUUACCUACGGAAGCCGUUAUUAAGGAUGAUUGGUCAUUACAAACAAAUUCGUAUAUGUUUGGUACACUAUUAUGGGAAAUGUUUAAUUUUGCACAAAAAAUACCAUGGUCUAAUUUAAAUGAUGAGGAAUUAUUUUUACUUUUUGAAAAAUGGACGUUAGAAGGAAUAAAUACGAAUGAAAUAACAUUAGGAUUUGAACGUCCUCAACUAUGUACUGAUCGUUUAUUUGCACUUAUUGAACGAUGUUUGUCUUCGACAAAUAGUGAUAGACCAUCAUUUCGAGAAAUAUCGUUAUGUUUAAAUGAAACACCGUUAUUUUAG